AUGUCUUCUUCUCCUUGUACAAUUCGAGAGGCCAUAGAUGUUCUCUCCUUACAAAAACUCCCAUCAGAUGACCGUCCGGUCGAUUUGUUGGGUGCCGUGGCUUCCAUCGUCAAGAGUCCUCCUCUCCAGUAUGCAAAGUCGUCCAGCAAAGUGGAACUCUGGAUCACUGACCACUCACUUUCUUCCGGAGAAACUGCUUGUGUCGUACUUUGGGGAUCUGCAGAGCUUUCUCGCGUAGAAAUCACACGAUUGGAACCAGGAGAUGUGGUCCGAUUCAAUGGCGUCAGUCUGCAAAAGUCUUUGCAACAACGACAACAACAACAAGGUGAAAACAUCACCUAUUACUUUACGUAUUCCCACAAAAAUGAAGAACCAGGAAUGAAAUGGUACGCUUUUAAUGACAGAGAAACCAGUCGGAUUCCAGAUUCAAUGCAAACACCUGCCCAACGAAUUCAAGAUUUGAAGGAACACUACACGCGAGAGAUGGGCAAUGGUGGGAGACUUUCGCCACUCCCUUGUCGAUUUCGACACUUGAAUGAACUACAAGUUUCUACUGGUCUCAUGUCCAAUAUAUCCAUUCGAGUCAAGCAACACGAAUUGCAGCAGUUCACAGCAGUCAAGACAAGGCGACUCACCUCGAGCGUCACCAAAAGUGUCGUUGGAUUUGCCACAGUGGCAGACUCUGCGAAGCCAGAUUUGACCAUGACUCUUGUGGAUACAGAUAAUCGGUUUGCGAAUGAUCUCCGAGAAGCAAGAGACACCAACAAGGUGCUAAUGAUCAACAAUGUGUUUACUCGAAAGCAGAGUGAAGUGUUGGGAGACAAUUCUGUCGUGGGAGAAGUUGUCUUGGUACCCUCCAAGAAUUCCAUAGUGAAUUGGGAAUGGAAGACUGAUGAUCUACAACAACAACAGCAUCAUUCGAUGCCAUCGACUCUGGAAACUGAAAGCCCGGGGUAUAAGUUACAGAAAAGCAUUACCUCGCUUGCCUGUCUUGUGGAUAUUGAGAUUUCUGGAAAGCUCCUGAACGCAUCCAAGUGUUUGGAAUCACCGACUUGCUUUGUACAAGGCAUGAUCAUCACCUCUGAGGACCAGCAAGAAGAAAUCUAUCGACCAGUCACACUGCAUUUGGAAUCAUCAACAUCUAGUAGUAGUACCAUUCCCUGUCCUAGGGAGGUCCUUGCUUCUCCAGCUAUCAUCCAAACACUGUGCGGCGGCAUUGACGCCAAGGAACUAACUCACGAUGAGUUGUUGCAGAAAAGUGUAUUUGAUCUGGUGCAAGCCAUGCUUCGCGAUCAGGUCAAGCUAAAGUGGACGAUUCGCAUGGAUUGUCAGCCAUUUGCGGUAGAACAUGUUGUCCUACCAUCAGGAGGUUGA